CCAUCUCUUUCUGCCCUAUAACAAGUUACCUAUCAACAAGACAAAGACCUCUAUACAACAAACGUGGGAAGUGUGCAAAAAGCAAAUGAAAAGAAAAUAAAAAUGAAAGAGCAGAAACAGACACGUUAAAAGAAAACAAAAAGAAAUCCAAAAUACAUUGAAAAAAAAAAAUAAUAACGAAGUAAAUUCUAUCGAAAGGAGGUUGAUAAAAAAAGUAAAUAACAAAAACCCCUUUAUCCGGAGUCGCAAAUAGAGAUUCACUUGCAAUUUUUGCAAAGAAUAUAGAUUUUUGCAUGUGUAUGCUUAUGAAACUUGUGUUUGGCUGAGGAGUGCUGUAUUCAUGCGUACACGUUUGCUACAUUCGUGGUUAUAUUUUGCUGUCAUGAUUUGAAUGCAUUACCCUCGCGUAACGUUGCAGCGGAGGAGGAGUGUUUCUCAAACAAUUGUUUUGAUUUAAGCUGCAACUAAAAGAAACCAAAAUCAACAAGAAGUGAGUUCAACAAGUAAUGAAUGAGAAAAUAAAAUCACCCUCUGGGCAGGGUGGUGCUGGAUCAGGUCCUGGUCCUGUUGGAAGUGGCCCACAAACUACAACAGCUGGCAAUGGGGGUGGAGGAAAUGGCAGUGCAACUAGUGGGGGACCAGCAGCACCUGCGGCGGCUACUUCAGGGAGUGGACCACCGACGCCUAACAAUGGGAACGAUACACCGGCACAAAUGCCACCACAUCCAUAUGGACCGCCAGGCGGAGGGGAUCCCGUUAUGUCGCAUUACCAUAUGCAUCAGCAACCACCACACCCGCAGCAUAUGCCACCACAUCAACAGGUUGGUCCACCGCCAUCUUCAUCACAAAAUCCCGGAGAACACCCACAAAAAGAUGUUGGUGCAGAAUAUGGACAAAGUCCCUUAGGUGGACCUCCACCGCCCAUACCAGGUGGUCAUCACCCCAUGUAUGGUCGAUAUCAUCAUGGUGAUCCGGGUAUGGAUCCGUAUCGUUAUAGCCAUUCUCCAAUGCAACAACCACCACCCGGAGGUAAACCGCAGCAAUCUGCACCGGGUGGCGGUCCCGGGAUAGGUUCUCCAAACCGACCACCUUCGCAACGAUAUAUACCAGGACAACCGCAAGGACCCACACCCACUCUGAAUUCACUGUUGCAAUCGUCCCAUCCGCCACCACCACCACAGCACAGGUAUACGAACAGUUACGAUCCACAACAGCCGCCACAACAGCAACCACCACCUCCUCAAUCACAGCCUCCGCCACAAGGUGGAGCAGGUGGACCCCAGCCACCUGGGGGACCAGCCGGACAGGGUGGUGGUGGUGGUCCACCACCUCCACAGCAUGGGGGACCACCUCCUCCGUCACAUCAGCCUCAUCAGUCACCAUAUGGUGCUCAACAAACAGGUUGGGCGCCACCGCCACGACCAUAUAGUCCACAAUUGGGACCUUCACAGCAGUAUAGAACCCCACCACCGACAAAUACUUCCAGAGGUCAAUCCCCAUAUCCGCCAUCACAAGGUCAAAACUCAGGUUCCUAUCCAAGUUCGCCCCAGCAACAACAGCCUCAGCCGGGACAACAACAACAACAGCAGCAACUACCACAGCAACAACAACCACAGCAGCAGCAACAACAACAGCAGAGCAGUAGUGGUAGUGGUGGCGGUAGUGGAGGUGGUCCACCGCCGCCGCCACAAUCUUCAAAUCAAGGCACAACACCAUCUCAAUAUUCACCGUAUCCUCAGAGAUAUCCCACACCGCCCGGCCCAGCGACAGGACCAAAUCAUCGAACUGCCUAUACGACGCAUCAGUAUCCAGAACCGAAUCGGCCUUGGCCUGGUGGUUCAUCACCUGCUCCUAGUCCUGGCCCUGGUGGCCAUCCCCUGCCGCCAGCAUCACCUCAUCAUACACAGCAUGGCGGUCCCCCGCCUAGCAGUAGUCCGAGUCAUGCGCCCAGUCCAUCGCCUCAACCUUCACAAGCCUCACCAUCCCCACAUCAGGUAAACCAGAAAAAAAUGGAUUACAUUACGAAAUCAGAUAAGGAACUCAUAGGACAAAACAGUAAUGAUAGUUCGAGCGGUGGCGGUCACAGUGGCUUAGGUUCGGGACCACCUGGUACCCCCAAUCCUCAGCAGGUAAUGCGUCCUACACCGUCACCCACAGGCUCAUCAGGUUCAAGAUCAAUGUCCCCUGCUGUGGCUCAAAACCAUCCCAUUUCGCGACCUUCUAGUAAUCAAUCUAGUAGUGGGCCAAUGCAACAACCUAGCGGUGGUAGUGGUGGAGGUCCUCCACCUCCUACUCAACAAGCGACACAGCAGCAGCAGCAACAACAACAGCAAUCUCAACCAGUGACGGGGGCCGCAAACUCUUCGUCGUCGGCUGGCAACUCUCCUCAGCAAGGACCACCUAGUUCGGCUGCUGCGGGUGGACCUCAAGGGGGUGGUCAGCAGCCACCGCCGUUACCAAAUCAGAAUAGUAUAGGCUCUCAGCCACCGUCACAAGGGCCAGGUGGUGCUCAGGGUUACCCUCUACCGCCUCACAUGCACGGCAGCUACAAAAUGGGAGGACAAAGUCCUGGCCCACAGGGUAUGCUCUCCGGAUAUCCUCCUCCGCCGCCACAGCAAGCUCAACAAUACUCCCAAGGUAGCUACCCGCCUAGACCACAGUACCCGCCGGGUGGAUACGGAUCGACACCACCACCCACAAGUCAGGCCUCAUCUGCCAAUAGUAUGCCACCAGGUAGUGGGCCCCAGCAAUAUCCCGGCAGCAGACCCAUGCCAAAUCAUAGUGGUCAAUAUCCGCCCUACCAAAAUUGGGUACCACCUUCACCGCAACAAAGUGGACCCGUAGGACCAGGACCUGGAGGUCCAGGUGCACCUGGAGCUCCCGGUAUGGGAAAUCAUAUCCAGGGUAAAGCCACGCCACCUCCACCCCAGGGUAGUGGGUCACCUCGUCCACUUAAUUAUCUGAAACAACAUUUGCAACAUAAGGGUGGUUAUCCAGGUGGUGGACCUCCUGGCGGUCCGCCACAAGGCUAUGGCAAUGGUCCAGGCAUGCAUCCCGGUAUACCUAUGGGUCCACCACAUCACAUGGGUCCACCACACGGUCCAACCACCAUGGGGCCACCACCCACCACACCUCCGCAGUCCAUGAUGCCUGGUGUCAGUGUUGGAGAAGGUGGUGGUCCUCCACCACCACCACCUGAACAUAUAUCACAGGAUAAUGGUCUGAGCUCGGGGUCAUCUGGUUCGGCUUCAGGGCCACCACAUCCUGUCACAUCCGUUGUCACAACAGGCCCAGAUGGGGCUCCAAUGGAUGAUGCAAGCCAGCAAAGCACAAUAUCCAAUGCUUCAGCAGCAUCGGGUGAGGAUCCCCAAUGUACUACCCCAAAAUCGCGGAAAAAUGAUCCAUAUGGGCAAAGCCACUUGGCACCACCAAGCACUUCGCCGGGUGGUGUAGGAGCCGGUCCCCAUCCAGGGCAUCCAGGAGAAGACUAUGAAAUCAAUUCACCACCCAAUUGGGCACGAACACCUGCCAGUCCGAGUUUCAACAGUCAUGUUCCUCAACCGGAGACAUUUCGUACGACAACACCAUCAGUUCCCACCGUUGCCACCACGUCAGCCAAGAAAUCAGAUAGUCUUUGUAAACUCUAUGAAAUGGACGACAAUCCCGAGCGCCGCAUAUGGCUUGACAAAUUGAGAGCAUUCAUGGACGAGAGGCGGACGCCAAUAACAGCUUGUCCCACCAUCUCGAAACAACCCCUCGAUCUUUACAGAUUGUAUUUGUACGUAAAGGAAAGAGGCGGAUUCGUCGAGGUGACAAAAAGUAAGACUUGGAAGGAUAUUGCUGGUCUUUUGGGCAUUGGUGCGAGCAGUAGUGCUGCCUACACGUUGCGGAAACAUUACACAAAGAAUCUAUUGGCCUAUGAGUGCCACUUUGACCGUGGCGAUAUAGAUCCCCUGCCGAUUAUACAACAAAUCGAAGCGGGUACUAAGAAGAAGUCAACUAAAGCCGCGUCGGUACCAUCGCCAGCUGGCUCAUCUAAUUCGCAAGACUCAUUCCCAGCCCCAGUGGGUGCUGCCAAUACCUCUAUGGAUGGCUAUCCUUCUUAUCCUGGCAACUAUCCCGGCACUGGUCCGCAGCCUGAUUACGGAGCUGCCGGACAAAUGCCUCGGCCUCCAUCUCAAAGUAAUGCACAAAGUCCUCAUCCAGGUCCAAAUAAUCAGACGUCUGCGGCGACACCUGGUGGGGAUAACAUAAGUGUUAAUAAUCCCUUCGACGAGCCGGUUGGCGGUGUUAACAGCAAUGCGCCAAAUGCUGGUACAACUGCCCAUGCAAAUAGUGCCAGCAGUGGCGCGGCUGGACCGCCGCCGCCUCCUCCAAAUGUGGGUCCACCGCCACCACAGCCUCCUCCAACAGGCCGACCGCCAUAUCCUCCUGGAGGACCUUAUCCCCCACCGCCGGUGUCUCGUGCACCAGGUUCUCCAUAUCCAGUUCAACCAGGUGCUUACGGCCAAUAUGGCUCUGGCGAUCAAUAUAAUGCCACUGGUCCACCCGGUCAGUUUGGCCAGCAACAAGGACAAUUUCCUCCACAAAAUCGCAACAUGUACCCUCCCUACGGACCUGAAGGGGAAGCACCACCAACCGGCUCGAAUCAAUAUGGUCCAUAUGGCAAUCGUCCAUAUAGUCAGCCUCCUUCUGGCACUUCACAGGCUCCCUCGACACCAGGCGCACCCUCGGCUCCAGGCGGUCCACCUCAGCCAGGGGGACCCCCUGCACCUGGAAGUUCACCUUAUCCUCCUCCGGGUGCUCCUGGCCAACAAGAGUACUACAGGCCUCCAGAUCAGGGUCCCCAACCUAGACGUCAUCCUGAUUUUGUUAAGGACUCUCAAUCGUAUCCGGGAUAUAACGCAAGGCCUCAAAUAUACGGAUGGCCAGGCGGCGCCAACCAGUACCGUAACCAAUAUCCGUCUUCAGCCUCGCCCCAAGCCUGGGGUGUAGCACCGCCACGAACACAAGCUCCCCCGGGCGGUCAACUGGGGCCAUCGGGACAACAACAACCACCUGCUUCUGGUGCUCAGUGGGAUCAGCAUAGGUAUCCGCCGCAGCAACAACCCCCACAGCCACAACAGCAACAACAGCAGCCACCUUAUCAGCAGCCAGGACAACAGCAACCACCACCGCAGUGGACGCAAAUGGGUGGAGCUGGGACUGGUGCACCUGGAACACCACCAAGUGGGGCACCAGGAUCUCCUUUAAGGCCACCAAGUGCUGGACAACAACAAAGAAUGCCCAAUUCCGGACCUGGAGGGGGUAUGACGGGUCCCAAUAGUGCCCCAGUCAGUGGACCUCAACCCGGCCAACCAGGUGCUCCCCCGAAUAGUAGCAGCGCAACGGGCACGAUGCCUACGAAUAGUAUUGGCAAACCAUCAUUUUCAAUGCCUCCUCCGCCACAAGCGGCCGGCGUCAGUUCUGGUGUUCAAGGAAUACCACCUGCUCAGGGUGGUGGCAUGAUGCCAGGCACAAUAGGAAGUGGGAGCCAACAAAAGCCGAUGAUAGGAGGAGUUGUUGGUCCGCCUGGGGCGCCUGUCAUGCCACCUCAACCAGCAACUCAACAACAGCAGCAGCCGCAACAACAACAGCAACAACAAACGCCACAGCAACCGCAAACACAGCCGUCACAACAACAGCAGCAACAGCAACCGCCGCAGCAGCAACAGCAGCAGCCACAACCGCAACCACAACAGCAACCCUUUGCCCCACCGCCAGUGGGCCCGGGACCUCCGUUAAUCAAAAAGGAAAUAGUUUUUCCACCCGACAGCGUAGAGUCAACCACGCCGGUAUUGUACCGGCGUAAACGUCUAACAAAAGCCGAUGUUUGUCCAGUGGAUCCUUGGCGUAUAUUCAUGGCAAUGAGAUCGGGUCAGUUGACCGAAUGUACAUGGGCUUUGGAUGUUCUCAAUGUUCUGCUAUUCGACGAUUCCACAGUUCAAUAUUUCGGUCUGGCUCAUUUGCCCGGUUUGUUGACGCUGUUAUUAGAACAUUUCCAAAAGAAUCUCGCAGAGAUGUUUAGCGACGAGGGGGAUGAGAAGGCUAACCAAAAUGAUAGAAUUAGUAGUGAUCGAAAAGCCUCAAAUAGACGUGGUAUCACUACCUCGACACACAACCGAAGAAGGCUUUGUGAUACCGUUAAACCGGAGAAGGAGGAGGUGGAGGAGGAGGAGAAGGAAGAUCCUCAAGCUCGCCUGCAUGACCACACAGUGGACGGCAUAGAGGAAACGUAUGUUGAGGCCGAUAUCGAAGGUGAUUUCGGCAUCGACUCAGAUGAGGAUGAAGGCAUCGAUCUGGGCCAGGUGAAGCAAAUACCGCAUCCUGAGGAACGGGUAGUAUUGCUAGCCCAUACACCCAAUUACACAAUGAUGUCUCGCAAAGGUUUGCCAGUACGUCUACAGCCUGCCGAACAAGAUAUUUUCAUAACCGACGGUCUUAAAGAGUGGGAUUCCGAAUUCAGUGGCAACUACGAAGAGACGGCCCCAAUUGGCAGCAAUGCCUGGACUUAUGGUUUUACCGAUCGGGACAUCAACAAGGGCAUUAUCGAUGUGUUCAAGUCAGAGUUUGUAGACAUUCCAUUUGCCCGUUAUAUCAAAACCAAGCCUAAAGACAGAAAGCAUAAAAAGGGUGAUAAUAAUGUAAAAAUCGAAUUGGAGGAGGAUACCAGUUGCGAAGACCUGCUGAAUCCCAAACUGGAAAGCAAGGAGAGUGAUCGGGAAAUGGAGGAGGACGAAGAGGUCGAAGCUAGAUUACAGCAAAACACAUUUAACAAAAAACGCCGGCUGUUCAACAAUUCUACGGCGUCGGGUAACCUUGUGCCCCAAUCGGAACCGACGGAAGCCAAGAAAUCCAAACUGCAAAGUGACGAGCAUCGACCAAUUGAAAAGUCUGCUUUCGCAAUACCACUCGAAAUAAAGAGGGACGAUGACUGCAGUGAGCCGCUUACAACGGUAACGGCAGCCGCCACAACAACAACGAAUACCGAUAGUGAUUGUCGAGAGGUGGACAUGGAAUUGGAAACAAUAACCACCAAAGAGUCCUCAGUUACGAAAGCAUUUGAUCCCAAAACCACCAUAAGGGAUCCGGCUUUGGUUUUACAACGCCGCCGUUCUUCUUCCUCGCUCGAAGACGAGUGCUAUACCCGCGACGAAGCCAGCCUAUAUUUGGUCAACGAAAGCCAAGAUUCGUUGGCACGGCGGUGCAUUUGCAUUUCAAAUAUAUUCCGCAAUAUGAGUUUUGUUCCCGGCAACGAGUCGAUAUUAGCUAAAUCGCAAAGAUUUCUAGCGGUACUUGGACGUCUGCUUCUACUGAACCACGAGCACUUGCCACGAACGCCGAAAAAUCGCAACUACGACAGAGGCACAGAGGAGGAUACAGAUUUCUCCGACUCGUGCAGCUCCCUGCAAGGAGAACGCGAAUGGUGGUGGGAAUAUCUCAUAAGCAUACGGGAAAACAUGCUGGUGAUAAUGGCAAAUAUAGCCGGCCACUUAGAUUUGUCACGCUACGAAGAGCUAAUAGCCAGACCUUUAAUUGACGGCUUGCUACACUGGGCAGUGUGCCCCAGUGCGCAUGGUCAAGAUCCCUUCCCCUCAUGUGGUCCUGCCUCAUCAUUAUCACCCCAAAGACUUGCCCUGGAGGCUUUAUGUAAGCUGUGUGUUACCGACAACAAUGUCGACUUAGUAAUUGCCACGCCACCUCACUCGAGGCUAGAGAAAUUGUGCGCUGUUCUCACCCGGCACUUGUGUCGUAAUGAGGACCAAGUGCUUCGAGAGUUUUCCGUCAACUUGCUUCACUACUUGGCUGCAGCCGACAGUGCUAUGGCGCGAACUGUGGCCCUACAAUCUCCCUGUAUAUCGUAUCUGGUUGCAUUUAUAGAGCAGGCUGAGCAAACAGCCUUAGGCGUUGCCAAUCAGCACGGCAUAAACUACUUGCGGGAGAAUCCCGAUUCCAUGGGCACCAGUUUGGAUAUGCUGCGACGUGCUGCUGGAACGUUAUUGCAUUUGGCCAAACAUCCCGACAACAGAUCCCUGUUUAUGCAACAAGAACAACGACUAUUGGGUCUGGUGAUGUCUCACAUUCUGGAUCAGCAGGUGGCUUUGAUAAUAUCGCGAGUAUUAUUUCAAGUAUCUCGGGGUCCAGGAGCAGCGGUCAAUUCACUCGAAUAUCGCAUGCAACAGAAGCAAUUGCAGCAAAAACUCGGAAUGCAAGAGAGGAAAAACCAAGCAGAGUCAAAAAUGGACGACGAAAUAUUGAAUGAGAAAGAGCAAAUUGUUGAGCCUAAGGACGCGACGGCAGCAGUGGCGACCGCCACAACAUCGGACACUGCUAAGUGCGAGGCGAGAAAUGAAAUGGCCCCCAUAUCCACACAUGCCAAUGCCGUCAACGAAGGUACAGCGAAUAGCAACAACAUUGAACAUAUGCCAAGUAAAAAUCCAUCUUCCUCCAUGAUAAUAUCUGCCGAUAGUGAAAAUAGUAAUAGUAGCUCUCAGAUAACGCCCACAGCCGCGUUCAACGAUGUCAGCAACAGCAGUACAAAUAGCAACAGUUGCGGUACAGCGGCCAGCAGCCUUAGCCAAAAUAGCACGAACAGUUCCAUGGGCAGCUGUAGCAAUAUGAGUUCGAGCACUACAACAGCUGCCAUGCACCAUCAUCUGCACAUCAACAACAACAACAACAACAACAAUAGUAGUAGCGGCGGUGGUAGUAAUUCGACGCUGACGACGAGUGAACAGCUAAAGAGCAAUAUGUUGGGCGGUGCAGUCUCCUCCUCAAAUACAACGCCAAUGGCCACUGGCAGCACUAGUGGCAGCGGUUGUAGUAGUAUUAAUAGUAAUAGCAUGAACAACAUGACGACAAACUCAUCGUCGAGUGGUUCGGCGGCAGCACAACAACAACUACCAAUAUCCGCACCUCCACCACCUCCACCUGCAACGACAGCUCCUCCAUCUCAAGCCCCAACUGCGAAUACCUCAACGACAGCUGCGGUUGCGUAG